GGCGCCCGAGCCGAGCGCCUGCGCCGAACGGAGCCGAGCAGAACCCAGCGAGAGGGGGACACGCGGACGCCCGCUCGGCCCCGCGUCGCCGCGGCAGGCCCGGCAUGGAGGAGGAGUGCCGGGUGCUCUCCAUCCAGAGCCACGUCGUCCGCGGCUACGUGGGCAACCGGGCGGCCACGUUCCCGCUGCAGGUUUUGGGAUUUGAGAUUGACGCGCUGAACUCUGUCCAGUUUUCCAACCACACAGGCUAUGCACACUGGAAGGGUCAAGUGCUGAACUCAGAUGAGCUCCACGAGCUCUACGAGGGGCUGAAGCUGAACAGCGUGAAUAAAUAUGACUACGUGCUCACGGGUUACAUGAGGGACAAGUCCUUCCUGGCCUCGGUGGUGGACAUCGUGCAGGAGCUGAAGAAGCAGAACUCCAAGCUGGUGUAUGUGUGCGACCCGGUGAUGGGUGACGAAUGGAAUGGCCAAGGCUCCAUGUACGUUCCAGAGGAUCUCCUUCCCGUUUACAAAGAGAAGGUUGUGCCGGUUGCAGACAUUAUAACCCCCAACCAGUUUGAGGCUGAGUUACUGAGCGGCAGGAAGAUCCACAGUCAAGAAGAAGCGUUAGCGGUCAUGGACGAGCUGCACGCCAUGGGCCCUGACACGGUGGUCAUCACCAGCUCCAACCUGCUCUCCCCGAGGGGCAGGGACUACCUGACUGCGCUGGGGAGCCAGAGGAUUCGGAACCCCGAUGGCUCUGUGGUGACAGAACGCAUCCGCAUGGAGAUGCACAAGGUCGAUGCAGUCUUUGUGGGCACCGGGGACCUCUUCGCCGCCAUGCUCCUGGCGUGGACGCACAAACACCCCAACAACCUCAAGGUGGCCUGUGAGAAGACCGUGUCUGCCAUGCACCACGUUCUGCAGCGGACCAUCAAAUGUGCAAAAGCCCAGGCAGUGGGAGGGCUGAAGCCCAGCCCGGCGCAGCUGGAGCUGAGGAUGGUCCAGAGCAAAAAGGACAUCGAGAACCCGGAGAUCGUGGUCCAGGCCACAGUGCUGUGAGGCCCGUGUUCCGCACCCCAGUGCACGGCGUGUGGUGUCUCCCUUGUCCUGUGAACAUGUAGCAUCUGCCUUA